CGAGCUCGUCUGAGGUCUCGGCUCAGGCCGACCUGAGCGGAGUCAGCGGAGUCAGCGAAGCGAUUCACUCAUUCUCUGCUAGCUUUCCUCCGACCUGCUCGAGUCCACAAGACCUCCGCCGACGUUUUACGUUUGUCACCCCGCCACCAACUUCAAUGAACGACGCUUAAUAUGGUUUCCACCAGAAGAUUGUGCAAGGAGUUGGAGGAAGUCCGCCAAUCAGGAUUCCGCGAAUUCCGCAACAUCGAAGUGGACGAAUCAAACAUUUUGAACUGGCAGGCGCUCAUCGUGCCCGAAAACCCCCCGUACGACAAAGGAGCGUUCCGGGUGGAGAUCAACUUCCCCAGCGAGUACCCCUUCAAGCCCCCCAGGAUCACCUUCAUGACCAAAAUCUACCACCCCAACGUGGACGAGAAGGGUCACGUGUGCUUGGCCAUCAUCAGUCUGGAGAACUGGAAGCCCGCCACCAGGACGGCACAAGUCAUCCAGUGCCUGAUCUCGCUGGUGAACGCGCCGCAACCCGAGCGCCCCCUGCGGGUGGAGUUGGCCGACGAGUACACGGCAGACCGAGCGCAGUUCAUGAGGAACGCCGAGGAGUUCACCAGGAAGCACGGCGAGACCCGACCCGACGACUGAGUGGCCGGCGCGCCACCGGGACCCCCCCCCCCCCCCCCACACACACACACACUCCAUCGCAUCAAGAUCAACUUUCAGAACGAUGUCGUGUUGU